CGGGGCCAAGAUGGCGGCGGCGCUGUCGGUGAGCGGGGCCGGGCCCGGGCCCUCAGCGGAGCCCGCCCGGGUCCCUGAGGAGGAUUUGCCGCCGCUGGACCCGGCCGAGGUGCGGAGCCGCCUGGAGCACAGCGAGCGGCAGUUCCGGAACCGGCGUAAGGUGCUGAUCCGCGGUUUACCGGCGGAUGUGAGCAACCAGGAUGUCCAUGAAUUGCUGAAGGACUAUGAGCUCAAAUAUUGCUUUGUGGACAAAUACAAGGGCACAGCCUUCAUCACCCUCCUGAACGCCUCCCAGGCCUCCUCAGCCAUCCGGCAGUUCCACGGCUCGCGCCUGCGCGGCUCCGAGCUCCGCGUGCAGCUGCAGCCCACGGAGUCUCUGCUCUGCGUGGCCAACCUGCCCCGGGGGCUGAGCCAGCAGCGCUUCGAGGAGCUGCUCAGGCCCUUUGGCAACCUGGAGAGGUGUUUCCUGGUCUACAGCCCCAGGACUGGCCACUCCAAAGGUUAUGGCUUUGUGGAGUACAUGAAGAAAGAUUCAGCAGCCAGAGCCAAAUCUGAGCUGCUGGGGAAGCAGCUGGGGAGCAGAACUUUGUACGUGCACUGGAGCGAGGCGGCCGCGCUCAGCCCGGAGCUGCUGCACUCCCGGUGUUUGUGCGUGGACAAACUGCCCCAGGGCUACUGCAACCUGCAGGAAAUCCAGGAGAUCUUUGGGGCCAUCCAUACACCCACCUUCUGCCAGCUGGCCCAGGGCCAGGACGGGCGGCCCCGAGGCUUCGCCGUGCUCGAGUUCGAGUCCCCGGAGGCGGCCGAGCGAGUCCAGGAGGCCACGGACGGGCUGGGGGUGGCCGGGAGCCACCUCAGGGUGUCCUUCUGUGCCCCUGGGCCACCAGGGAGGAGCAUGCUGGCUGCUCUGAUUGCAGCCCAGACCACGGCCCAGAACCGAGGCCGGGGGCUCCUCCCCGAGCCCCCCCUGCUGCAGCUGCUGGGGAACCUGGGGAACCCGGCCCUGCAGCUGCUGCUGAGGCCCCUGCUGCACGGAAAACAGGGAAUUUUGGGCGCUGCUCCCUCGCUGCCCCUGCUCCCAAAUCCUGGAAUUCCCUCGGCGCUGCUGCAGCUGCUGCACCCCCAGGGACAGAAACCUGGAAUUUUGGGGGAUUCCCCCCUGAGCUCCCUGAUCCCCCCCAAGGCUCCUCCCCCCUCAGGACCCCCCAAAAUCGGAGCCAUCCCCAAAACCAAACAGGGGGAGGGAGGAGCCCCCACGGGCUCUCUGCUGGGGGAGCCGCCCCGGACGCUGCAGGUGCCCCUGAACCCGUUCCUGAACCUGCGCAGCGUGCUGCCCGCCCCGCCCCGGAAAAAUUUUCAGGUGAAUUCUGGAAUUUUUGGGACCCCCAGGAUCCCCCCCAACGACGGCCUGGAAGUGCCCCAGGAUUUGGGCUCCAGGAUUUUCCCCCGAGAUCCCCCCGGGUCCCUCCUGGGGAGUUUCAACCACAGCAGGAACAAGGGCUCCUCCUCUCCAGGUUUGGGCCCCCCUUUGUUCUCAGGCUCCCCCAGUUCUUAUUUCAGCAGUGGAAUCCAGGCUGGGCUUAAACAGAGCCAGCUCAGCAAGAGCAUCUCCAUCCCUCCCAGCUCCGACUCCCUCCUCACCUUGGCGCCUCCAAACCCUCACUUGAAGACUCCCCUGGGGGGCCACAAGCGCGGAUUUUCUCAGCUGCUGCCUGAACCUGAGCCCAGCCCUGAGGGUUGUUAUGUGGGACAACAUUCCCAGGGCUUGGGAGGGCAUUAUGCUGAUUCCUACCUGAAGAGAAAAAGGAUAUUUUAAAGGGGGAAAUGAUAAAAAAAAUCCUGAAAAGAUAUCUCAAAAAACGGCCCC